GAAAAAUAUAAUAACAAUAGAGCACUUGUGUUCCUAAAUCGCGAAGUAACCGGUUGAACCUGCAGGCCGCAUCAUGUCUCUGGGACCAUUCUUCCGCUCACCGUUUACCGAUCUGACCGCGUCGAUGGUCAACUUCCAGCAGUACCACAAGUGUGGCGAGCUAGAGAUGGCAUCGAUCGACUGCUUGGAAGCCUACGGUACCGUGCGUGGUGCGAAGAAGUGUGCUGAUCUGUUGGCCGACUUUCAGGAGUGCGCGUUUAUGGCGAAGCAGAUUGCGCGAUUCCGGGCUAUGCGAAUGGAAAGACAUCGCCAGGGAUGGAAUGGUGAACGCAAGGGUGAUGAAUAUUACGCUCCACCACCACGUGUUGAUGCCUACUAGAACGUGAUUUGGUGCAUGAGUUAUUCGCCCUAUAGAGGAAUUCGCAUAUUCCUUGUAAAUUACUAUUGAAAUACAUUCAUCCGCUAUAUA